AUGUAUGGAUUUCAUAAAUCAAGAAGUGAUUAGAAAGAGAAUGAAUUUAUUCAUCCACAUUUUAAAAAAGAUUAAAAGUAAUAAUGAAUAUUUAGAUUAGAAAUUUACUUAAAAAAAUAAAGAGGAAAUCAGGAGAACAUGGAGAUGAUUAUUUAGCUUUAAUAGAAUUGAAACCUUAUAGAAAUCAAAAUAUAUCAGAUGUAAAAUAAUAAUAGAUAAAAUAAAAAUUAGAAAUAAAUACAAUAAAUAGUGUCCAAAUAGUAAGAGUUAGAGAAGGUGUGUAAAAUUUUAAUAGAACAAAAUAACAAAAUACUAUAAUGUAAUUAAUAAUUAAGAAAUCAAUUGGUUCAAGAAAAGUAAAUAUAGUUUUGAUGAGAUUACUAGAUUUAAUGGCAAUAAGAAGUUAUAGAAUUUAAAGGAUUACUUCGUAGGUUAAUAAUAAUUAUAGGAUAAUUGUUUAGAAGUAAAUAAUGUAUUAAAUAAAAGAAAGAUACUUUUGAGGAAUUGAUAUAAUCAGAUGAUGAAGAAUUAUUAGUUCCUAAUAUAAAGAAGGUAAAAAGAGAUGAUUCUGAUAUUACAAUAGAAAAGAUGGAUUAAUUAUAUAUAUAACAACCUUUGAUGUUAACUAAUAGUUUAAUUGAUAAUGAUGGAAUGAUUUAAUUGUUGAAUGAUCAACAAUUGAAUGAGUUAUACUUUGAUUGA